AUGUUAGGAGAUACUUAUACCUUAGUAUCAGAUUUUGAUAUUUUUGUAAAAGCCGGACCUAACAAUGCGUAUGAUAUUUUUGUCGAAUUUUUGGUUGUUGAUGGAGCUUCCUAUGUAGAUGGUAACCUUGCGUCAGAUAGCAACAAUUAUUUUAUAAUUAAUUUCAUAAACUCAGGUAUAGGAGAUCCAACAAUUUCAGGAAUAGUUUUGGUCAAGGGGUAUUGCUCAAGCGAGGUUGACAACUGUAACAUGUGCUAUGAUGACAGCUGCUAUGACUGCGAUGAAACUACGAUUACGUGCAAUGCUUGCAACAGUAAUAUGACUCCUGUCAAUGGAAUUUGCCAAUGUAACUCUCAAGCUUAUUAUAAAGACUCGAAAUCGCAUUCCUGCUUUAUUUGCGAUUAUUUAUGUGAAGUUUGUGAAGGCUCAGGUAAAUUUUUAUGCAAUUCUUGCUAUUCUCCUAACUAUCUCGUCUCACAAAUAUGCUUGAAAAGCUGGGACACUUGCUAAAUUAGAGCCAAAGGGUGUUAAGAAAUGCCAAAUGAUUACCAUAGAAUUCUUUUUUGACAGAAAUACGCAAUUUUCAAAAAUUGUAAACUUUUAGCUCAAACAUCAAAGAUGUGUCCAAAACCUUAAAGGUGGCAAAAAAAAUAGCUAACUCCCCCCCCCCAUCCUUGAUCGAACGACUCGCCAUCGUUCGAUCAAGGAUGGGGGUUGAAAAAAAAAAUUUAUAUAUAAAAUAAAAAAAAAUAUAUAGAUAUUUUUUUUUUAUUUAUUUUUAAAUAAGAGGGUUAAGAAUAUUUAAUAAUUAUUUUUACAGCAAAAAAUUUAAUUUAUUUCAUAAAAUACCAAUUUUUAAUAUUUUGAUUUAUUAGUUACCCCUUUAAAUUGUAUAUAAAUUUUAAUUUGUUCCUUAUUAAAUUAAAUUUUUUUUAAAAAAAUUUUAAAGAAUCUCUGUUUUAUUAGAUUAUUAGUUUUUAAGCAUAUGCUAAUGACUAAAUCACUUCGGAUGGUUGAUUCCGCAGCUUUCUGUCGUCUCAAAGCCUCUGAAAACAACUUCAUUAUGUACAUCUUCCCAAGCUUUUGAUAAAUAAUAUAUUUUUAUAUAUAUAAAAAUUUGCAUAAUAUGAAAAUCGGUCGAUCAAGGAUGGGGGUUUUUUUCCCCAAUUUUUAGGAAUUUUUACAGUCAAUCGUUCGAUCAAGGAUGGGGGGGGGGAGGAGUAAGUUUCUUUUUUGUCAAAAUUUGUAUCAAAAAAUUUUGUUUGCUCAAGGACGUGAAAUUUUUUAAAAAAAAUUAUAUAUAAAUUUUUUUUUUCUAACUUUUAAUAAAAAUUAAAUUCGGAUAAUUGGAAAUGUUAAUUUAAUUUGUAAAAUUUAUAUUUAAAAGUGCGAGCUGUUUAAAAUUAAACAGAAUUAACUAGAUAUUUUAUUUAAUAAUUAUCACUUAUAUAUUAAAAAAAUUAUUUGUUCACUGGCGGAGGGUGAUUUUACCCAAAAUAUAGGAAUUUCUCAAUCGUUUUGCUCGCUCACUGAAGGGAGAACUUUAGCAAACAUUUGACCCAUUUUUGAUGCUUUUUGACGAUUUUUGACUUUUUUGCUUGCAUUUUUUUUGCAAAUCUUUAAAAAAAAUAUAAAUCCUUUGCUAAUCAUAUUGCCUUUCUUAGCACCUUUAGCACAAGUUUAGCAAGCUCUCCGAAAAGCUGCCCUUAUGGAUUUUCAACAGGAUGCUCUGAAGUAACUUCGAUUUUAAUAAAUUCUCGCUUUAAUUCAGACUUCACAGGGGUUUAUGAUGGAUUUUUUCGAUCUGGAACAUUUGGAAACUCUUAUUACUUUUUCAACUCGCCAGAUGCAGAUGAUCCAAUCCCUGCUUUCAACAGAGGACUUUAUUUUCGUGGAUUAUCAACAUUCUUAGAGACUACUUUUGAUGUCUAUUUUUCAAUUAAUUUUUCUCUUGCAUUUUGGAUAUGAAUACCUGAAGAUUCAUCAGCGAGUGAAGGCAUCAUGAAGCAUGGCAAAGAUUCUAAACUGAGUAUUUAUUCAAAUGGAAAUAUAUAUUUUUUUCUAGAAAAUGAAGAAGGGUACUUAGAUUAUAUUUAUACAGAUCCAAUGUCUGUGAAUUAUGGAACAUGAAUUUAUUUCUCUUAUACAAUUUUUUAUUCAUCAGGAGCAACUAAUGUGAAAUCAUUUAUGAAUAAUGCUCCUAUGGCUACUAAUGUGAAGGAUGGAUAUAUUUAUAGGGGUGAUUUUGAAGGCAAUACAAUUGUCUUAGGCUUGGAUAGAAGCAGCAACCACUUCAGAGGUUUUAUUUAUGCAUUUCAAUUCUGGAACUGUGCAGUAUCUGACUUUAGUGCGUAUUAUUUGGACGAUUUGUGUGGAACUGGAAAUAUUGCAAGCUGUCUCUGGUCUUGUGCUCUUGAAGAGUGAAUGGACAACAGUGUUCCCACUUUUUGUGAUGCAUCAUGCAAUUACGGAUGCGUAAGGAAUGGAUCCUGUAACAUUUGCUUUGAUCCCUUAUGCAAAACUUGUCAUGGAUUUAAUGCUGAUUCAUGCGAUCAGUGCGUGGCAAAUGCUUCAGGUUCUUCAUGCAGCUGUAAUUCGCCUUAUAUAGUUUCUAAUUCUGGCUUUGAAUGUGUUAGCUGCUCAUCUGGCUGUGAAUCAUGCACAGGUGAAAAUCCUUACGAUUGUAUAUCUUGCAAUCCCGGGUAUUAUCAAUUAAAGACUUGGUGUAUUACUGAUGAUUCUAAUUAUCAUACUCCAAACUCAUGCAUUGCAAGCUAUGAGUUCACUAAAAUUUCAAACAUUCAGUACGACUCUGUUAAUAGUUACCCAAUUUAUAUGGGAAGUGAUGACUUAUACUAUAAUGAUUAUGAUGCAAACGAUCCUUGGGUUUUACCUUACAGAGGCUUAUAUUUUAAUGGCAAUUCAAUUGCAUUGCUUCCUCAAAAGAAUGAGACCUCAAAAGGAAUUCCGCUUUGAUUAAACCACACAAUUGAUAUAUGAGUAAUGGCUAUGCCUAGCUAUAGUGCCGGUGCGAUAUAUUCCCUUUACACUGAUGACUCUUAUUUGAUAAUAAUUACCGCACCCCCUUUCUCUUCACCCUCCUCUCAUAAGUACGAGGUAUGAUAUAACCUAACAAAUUUUGAUGGGCAAUCUUCCGGCUUAAUUGAAACGCAAAGUGCAAUCUAUUUGUUUAAUACCUGACAGAGAUUAGGAUUAUUAAAAGCCAGGCCAUAGCCAUAUUGGUGAGGCAGUCACCAAAAGACCUUCUGCACAGAGGCUCUAUAACACACCUCUUGUGGCUGCUCGCCAUUAAGUACCCCUCCUCACCAUGUUACCGACUCUCAGACGGUCCUGAAAAUUUUAAAUAUUAAAAUAUUAUUUGACAAGUCCCCCUCAAAUAUUUUAGCUUGCCAAAUUAAUAUUUAGCAUGCUAAAAUAUUUAGGACCGUUAGGGGGUGGGUGGCAUGGGGAGGAGGUGCUGUUCCCCUGUGGCCUGGGCCGAAACCCCCAGUUUCUCGGUAGAGGAACGCCUAUGGUCCCUGGAUCCAAAGGACAUUGUUGAGUACCUCCAUUUCCAACCAUGAAAGCAGCCAAGAUUUACCGGGUACACAUCCCUUGAGCUUGCACUUGAUUCUCGACUCAGAGCCAUCCCAUUUGGCCGUGGUCAUAAGGCCUGAACUGCUGCUCCAAGAGGGUAGGUUGACACAUGCCGCCAUUUUUAAUGUAUGAAUAGUAUAAUACCUGACAGAGAGUGGUUGUUUCUUAUUCUUAUCAGUCAGAAUCAAAUUUGAAGUUAUUUGUAAACGAUCAAAUGGUUGAUUCUAAAACAGAAAGCAAUUAUUUUUAUUAUGAGCACAACUUCAAGGCUUAUUUGGGAAAAGAAGUAAUGAGCGGGGGAUUUGUUGGAUAUAUAUAUUCUUUAAAAUUAUACAAUUAUGCAAUGCAAUCAGUCACUUCAUGAUCCUCCACAUCAUGCGGAUACCCCUUCUGCACUGAGAGCAAUAUCGCUUUAAUAAACUGCAAACCUUUGGAAUUUUAUGACAUUUCUACAAAAUCUUGUAAUUAUUGCAGCAGUUACUGCUUGCAUGGAUGUGCAAGAGGUGGGGAUAUUUGCAACUUGCAUCAAAAUCCACUUUGUGAAUCAUAUGAAAAUUUGAAAUUCGAAGUCUGCGGCACAUGCAAAGCAAAUGCUAAUAAUAUCCCGCCUUGCACUUGUGCUGAUAAUUUGAUAUAUGACACUGCAUCAGAAACCUGCAAGUGCAGUGAUGGCUAUCAGCCAGUUAACAACCAAUGCUCUUCUUGCAUUAGAUACCUUCAGCCUAGCGAAAUAAAAGGCUAUUUUACGCUAACUUUUCUUAAAAUAAUUUUUGAGUUUUCAAUCGCUGUUGAUAUAUCUGGAUUGAAAUGCUCAAAUAUUUUUCCUACAACUAUAUUAGAUAAAUUUGGAUUAGACUAUUCCUGCAGUCUAGACUCUGAUAAAAUCACUGUUGAGCUUGGAAAGGAUUUUGCUAUAAGAGACGAAUCAGUAUCUCUUAUAAAGGGUUCGCUAAAAUGUGGUAAUGAAUGCGGAUAUACUGCAAAUAAUAUAAAUAUAGCCCUACAGUACUCUAGUGCUCCUCCAUUUCCUCUUUCUAUAAUAGAUGCUCCUAAUACAGUAUUAUACAAUUGCCAGGAUUUGUUAAUUUCAGGCCAAAAAUCAACUGGAAACCUUAACUCUGCACUUGAGUACAAAUGAAUACUCUCAUCAGACCCACCUUUGCAAGCCCUAAUACAGUUCAAUACCGAUUUUCAAACGCAAAUUUCUUAUUUCUCUAUUCCGAGAAGUGAUUUAUCAACAGCAAACAUCACAGUGACUCUCAUGGUUAGAAAUAUUUUGGGCAGUGUAGGCACAAAUUCAAUUGUCAUUCAAUCAAUUCCAAAUGGAAUCUCAGUAAAUUUUGACAGAGCUAUAAGCAAUCAACAAUUGGUGACUAAGUCAAAUUUCUAUGCAGCUGGGUCAAUUGCAUCGUGUGAUGAUAUUAGCGAGCUUCAUCUAAGUUGGAAACUCGAAAGCGCAGAUGGCAAUUUAACAGCUGUGGAUGAGGAAUCUAUUUGGGAAAAUCAAAAAUGGCCAUCAAGUUUGUAUAUCCCUGCAAAAAGUAUCCCACCAUACACUAAUGUUACAUUUGUUUUACAAGCUGCCAAUUUAGUUUCAAAUAUCAAGGGAGUUGGACUAAUCGAAAUCUCAGUUUUUCCUUCUUCUCCAGUCAUUCAAUUUUCUCGAACAGAUGGAGAUGCUGAGGCUGACAAACCAUUUUCUAUUGAUGCAAGUUCGAGUUAUGAUCCUAACGAAAAUAAGCCUCUUUCCUUUGUCUGAAACUGCAUAAAAAGCAACUCAAUUGAUUGCUCAUCAUUAAUAAUUAAAAUAUGGCGUCUUCGUCUGGGCAUGGCCUCCCGGCCAUGCAGUCUCGACUCAUAUUUUAAUUAUAUCCGGCAAGGUUUUGCCAUUUCAGAGAUGGACGGCAAUUCUAGGUAAGCAAUUCUGGUUGUGUGCAGAGCCUAGCCCUAGUCUAUUUUCAGGAAUGGUUUUUUCCUCGUGGGGAAGGAAGGUACGGCAAUUGGAAAGGGGAAGCUCAGCAGAGUCCUUUGGACCAAUCGGGCAACUCCCUAGCGUGAAACUGGGCGUUACUUCCCAGGCUACGUGUUUCCCUUUUUUUUUCCGACAGCGGACCAGAAAAAUCCAUUUUUUGGGUUUUUCGGAAAAGCAACCCAUGUCUACAGGCAAGUAGCUCAUCCAUGAGCCGUCGAAGUCGAUGAUACUUGUCCCGAGGAGCAUCUUGGUGAUCAAAGUGGGUCGUCCCCGGAGACCUUGUGGCCCGGUGCAACUGAGGCGAGUGAUAGACCUGGGGUUAUCACCCCGCAGUGGACGUUAAGCGUUAUAAAUUCUAUAAGAUAAGAUAAGAUAAGAUUGCUCAUCAUUAAUUUCAGAUCCCUAUUCACCUAUCUUAAGGCUACCUUCGAAUUCUUUAGAAACUGGGACUGAAUAUGCAUUUUCAGUAGCAGCUAUAGCUGAUUUUUCAAAUGGAAGACAAGGAAAAUAUUCAAUGCAAACUGAAAAAACUAUAAAAAUAAGUGCUGUUAGUUAUCAUGUGCCUGAUUUAAAUAUUAUCAAUGCAAUCCCUGGAAGCCAAUCAAACACUAUGUCAGGGGAUAAAAAGCUUUCAUUAGCAGUUUCAGUAGAAAGUGAUCCCAAUAAGCAACUUUCUUAUCAAUGAAGCUUAGUAAGUGGAGGAAAUCUUAAAUUCACAACUCCGCUUGAUCAAUAUGCAAUUGCGAUCUCACAAGAUUCUUUAAAUGCAGGAAUUACCUACACUCUAAAUUUAGCUAUUUUUGACGGAAGCCACUAUUCUUCAUUUUUUUACUCUUUUUAUGCCAAUUCUCCUCCAAGCUUAGGAAGCCUUGAUACAGUUCCAGACGAAGGUAUAGAAUUAGAUACCAUUUUCAAAAUGGAGGCUUUAGGGUGAAUUGAUGAAGAAAAUGAUUACCCAUUCGACUACUCAUUUGGAUAUUUAACUGAUAAUAAUAGUGUCUUUCUGAAUAUAAAAAAUCAAAGCUCGACGCAUUUUACCGCUUUUCCCUAUCUAAGCAGAAGCACUUUGUCCAUUUUUGUAGAUGUUUAUGACAGCUUAGGAGCCUUAUCAAGAAAAAUUGAAAAAAUAAAAGUAUCGAAAAAUAAAAAUCUGGACAAAAAUGAACUGUAUUUAAGUUCCCAAAAUUAUGUUUAUUCAAUAACUUCCAAUCCACAAACAUAUCCUGCAACAAUUGGCGAUUUGUGUAGCUCUAUCCUUAAUAGAGACUAUUAUACAGACAGUGAAUUCAAAUAUCCUUCUGAUGAUGACAAGGUUUUCCUACAAGAAGUUGUCAACUCAACUCUUUACUGAACUAAAAGUUUAAUUGAAAAGGGCAACUUAGACAGUCAAUCAAUUUCAACCUUCGCAGACUUAUUAAGAAUGGUGACAUUUAACCCUUAUUUAGUGGAUCAUGACGUUGAAACUAAAGUACUUGAAAUGAUAAAUUCUAUAGCUGAUAAUAUUCCAGAAUCACAAACUCUGACAAAUGAACAAACUGAUGACUAUUUUAUAGCAAUUGAUCAAUCUUACCAGUAUAAUGCAUCAAGUCUUGUUAAUAAGACUGAUAGCCUUGAAAAAGGAGUUGACACAAUAAAUAACCUGAAUAAGCUUAUACUUUCACAAAUGGUUAUUAAUGAAAAAAUUUUUAUCACAACUGAUAAUAUAGAAGCUACCUUGACAGUAAUGGAAAGCAAAGACCUUGAUGACUUUCAAUUAUAUUCGAGCUCCAAAAGUGCUUCAGUAGCCUUACCAUCAAAUUUUUCAUCUAUACUAGCGAGCUCUACAUCAGAAAGUGAAGUUGGUAUUGCUAUGACCCUUCUGAAAGCUCCAAAGAAUCCUGACAGCUUAUCAUCGUCUGUUGUCGAUUUCUCAAUCUAUGACCGGCAAAGUAAUCAAAAAAUUGAAUUGAAUAUGACAUUUUCUUAUAUCCUAAUAGAAAUUCCUGUCUGAAAUCUUAAAUCAUCAGCAUUUGUUCCUCAGUGUGCUUUUUUAAACACAAAAUCUAUGAAUUGAAGCACUCAGGGCUGUACAAAGCAGCAAAUAAAAUCAGAAAGCAUUAUAUGUAGCUGCAAUCAUUUUACGAGUUUUGCGGCUAUAGACUCUGCAGCUUCAACAAUAAUUAACUCAAAUAUUGGGGAUACUAUAAAUGUAUCUGCAUGAAAUAGCUUAAAUGAAUCAAAUGCAAUUGGUCUAUAUUUUGGUAUAGCUACUUUGAUAAUUUAUAUUAUUUUAGCCAUUUUUACUUAUAAAAAAGAUAAAAAGGAAGAAAAAAUAGAAGAAGAAAUUAGGAAAAAGUUGAAAGGAAUACCAAAAAAGCUGGAAAGAGUUAUAAAUAAAUUUAAUGAAGAUCCAAAAACUGAAUAUAUGUCUGAAAAAGGUCAAAAAGUAACAAAUUCAAAGAGCCCUAUUUUGUGCUGCAAGAAGAAAAUGGAAGAUUGCAACGAUGAAUUCAAUGAUGAGGCACUACAAACAUCAUGCUCAAAACCUCCCAAAAAAGAUUAUCAAGCUAAAAAUUGUGAGGCUAAGGAGCUUACUGAACCCUAUCAUAAGGAAGACAAAUCUGCCGAAAUAAAAAAUCCGUUUUGAAAGUGCUGUAGGAAAAAGCAAAAUUAUAAAAACGAUCCAAAAGACCAAAGUGAAGCUUUUGAUGAGCCUGAUGAAGUUUAUGUUUAUAGCUUCACAGAUGAAAUCCGCUCUGAAAGCACUGAAACUGAACAAAUUAAAGAAACUAAAAUAAGAAAAUUGUUUGGUGUAAUCUCAGAAAAGCACGAGCUCUUUAAUAUACUUUUGACAAGAGUGCCUCAAAAUCCUAGCCUUUGCAGAAUAACUUUAUAUUUUUUAGUUUUGAUAGGUCAGAUGUUUUUUAUUGGUAUGUUCUACGAAACUUCAACUUCUGCAUCAACUGAAACUCUUUCAAUAAAUUCAACAAAUUCCACAUCUUCUGACUAUAGCUCAGAAGGCUUUUCAAUCAAUUACAGCUGGCAUGAUUUUUGGAUUAUGGCAUGAUCGUCUUUAUUAAUGAUAGUUAUAGUCUCAAUUCUAGGUAAGCUAUUUACAGAGCGAGAAAUAACUGAUCAAAUAACAGGAAUUCAGUAUUUAAAAAUUAAAAGACAAAACAGAAUAAAAAGAUGGAUAGGAUUAUUUUUAGCAUGGGGUAUUAUGUUUUAUUUCUUGUGAAGUAUAGCAUUGUAUGCUAUUCAGUUUGAUGAAGAUAUUAGUAGAGUUUGGGUUCUUAAUACAGGUAUAAGCUAUACGGUUAAUAUUUUGUUUACAUCAGUAGUUAAAAUUGCAAUUACUGCUUAUUUAACUAUGAAAUUAUUAGAUCUUAUUGAAAAAUACAAAAAGAAAAAAACUAACUCCCCCCCCAUCCUUGAUCGAACGAUUGACUGUAAAAAUUCCUAAAAAUUGGGGAAAUUAACCCCCGAACGAUUUUCAUAUCGUGAAAAUUUUAUAUAUAUAAAAAUAUAUUAGUUAUCAAAAGCUUGGGAAGAUGCACAUAAUGAAGUUGCUUUCAGAGACUUUAAGACGACAGAAAGCUUCAGAAUCAACCAUUCGAAGUGAUUUAGUCAUCAACCUAGGCUUAAAAACUCAAUAAUCUAAUAAAAUAGAGAUUUUUUAUUUUUAAAAAAAAAAAAAUUCAUUUAAUAGGAACAAAUUAAAAUUUAUACAGUUUAAAAGGGUAACAAGUAAAUCAAAAUAUUAAAAAUUGGUAUUUUUAUGAAAUUAAUUCAAUUUUUUGCUGUAAAAAUAAUUAUUAAAUACUCUUAACCCUCUUAUUUAAAAGUAAAUAAAAAACAAUAUAUAUAUAUUUUUUAUUUUAUAUAUAAAUUUUUUUUCCCAAAAAUUUUUUUUUUAACCCCCAUCCUUGAUCGAACGAUGGCGAGUCGUUCGAUCAAGGAUGGGGGGGGAGUAAGGAAAACAAUGAAGCUGAGAUUCAUAUAACAGAUUUCCAGACACCUACCUAUGAAAUUAAAACUGGCCAAAAUAAAAGAUAA